GACUCCAAAGCUUUUGAAUCGAUUCCCAAUCCCCCAAAUGAGUGCGAUCGGAGAGUCGAAUCUCUUUGGAAUCGACUCCCAGCUCUGGUCUGGUGUUCUUGGCGAUACCCUGCAGCAGUACCAGGGCCACGGCGCUUUAGCAUCACGCACGAUGGAGGCAGCCAUCAACCCGAAGGCGUGGAGGAACCUCUGGAGGAGCAGCGCAGGGCUUGCGGCUGGGAUGUUGCUGUUAAGCCGAGCGGCUCGGGUCGGCGCGGAUGACGGAGCGAUGGAGGAGCUGGCCACGGAGAAGGAGGCAGAGGAAAGUCACCGCCAGGACAGCGUCAAUUUACUCACGUUUAUUUUGCUGCUGACGCUGACCAUUUUGACUAUAUGGCUCUUCAAACACAGGCGAGUGCGUUUUCUGCACGAAACCGGCCUGGCUAUGAUUUACGGUUUGCUGGUGGGCGUGAUCCUGCGCUACGGAAUCCCCUCCACCAGUUACCGCCAUCAGACUCCGCCCAGCUGCUCCCUGAAGGAGGGGCCAGUCAGCACACUGCUGCUCAACAUCAGCGGCAAGUUCUUCGAGUACACGCUGAAGGGGGAGAUCAACUCCCGAGAGAUCCACAACGUAGAGCAGAACGACAUGCUUCGGAAGGUGACCUUUGACCCUGAGGUGUUCUUCAACAUCCUGCUACCUCCUAUCAUAUUCCACGCAGGGUACAGCCUGAAGAAGAGACACUUCUUCAGAAACCUGGGCUCCAUCAUCACUUACGCUUUCCUGGGAACCGCCAUCUCCUGCUUCGUGAUUGGGAAUCUGAUGUACGGCGUGGUGAAGCUGAUGAAGGUUGUAGGACAGCUCACGGAUAAAUUCUACUACACUGACUGCCUCUUCUUCGGAGCAAUCAUCUCAGCUACAGACCCCGUUACUGUGCUGGCUAUCUUCAAUGAGCUCCAUGCUGACGUGGAUCUUUACGCCCUGCUGUUCGGCGAGAGUGUCAUGAACGACGCUGUGGCCAUCGUCCUCUCAUCCUCUAUCGUGGCCUACCAGCCCAGCGGCGCAAACACACACACGUUCGACGCCUCAGCCUUUUUUAAAUCCGUCGGCAUUUUCAUCGGGAUCUUCAGCGGAUCUUUUGCCAUGGGUGCGGUCACCGGAGUCGUCACCGCCCUCGUCACCAAGUUCACCAAGCUGCACUGUUUCCCUCUGCUGGAGACGGCGCUCUUCUUCCUCAUGUCCUGGAGCACCUUCCUGUUGGCCGAGGCAUGUGGCUUCACAGGUGUAGUAGCAGUGUUAUUCUGCGGGAUCACGCAGGCUCAUUACACCUACAACAAUCUGUCAGAGGAGUCGACCAAACGCACCAAACAGCUGUUUGAGGUGCUGCACUUCCUGGCGGAGAACUUCAUCUUCUCCUACAUGGGUCUGGCUCUGUUCACCUUCCAGAACCACGUCUUCAGCCCCAUCUUCAUCGUGGGAGCAUUCAUCGCCAUUUUUAUCGGCCGAGCCUCAAACAUCUACCCCCUGUCUUUCCUGCUGAACCUUGGACGCAGACACAAAAUCGGUGCCAACUUCCAGCACAUGAUGAUGUUCGCAGGGCUGCGAGGAGCGAUGGCGUUUGCACUGGCGAUCCGUGACACGGCGACGUACGCAAGGCAGACGAUGUUCACCACCACGCUGCUCAUCGUCUUCUUCACCGUGUGGGUGUUCGGUGGAGGAACUACGCCCAUGUUGUCCUGGCUGCAUAUCAGGGUUGGCCAGGCUUCAGUCACAGAGAAGCAGAGACUGCAGAAACUGUGGGACUACCUCAGAGUUGGCGUGGACCCUGAUCAAGAUCUUCAGCCAUGUGGAGACAGCUUCCAGGUCCUUCAAGGGGAUGGAAGUCAGCAGGAGGGCCAGAGCAAGACGAAGCAGGAGAGCGCCUGGCUCUUCAGGCUGUGGUACACUUUUGACCACAACUACCUGAAACCCAUCCUGACCCACAGCGGGCCUCCUCUCACCACCACCUUACCGGCCUGCUGUGGACCGCUGGCACGCUGCCUGACCAGCCCUCAGGCCUAUGAGAACAGCGAGCAGCUUCGGGACACUGACUCGGACCUCAUCCUGACGGACGGGGACCUGACGCUGACGUACGGCGACACGGCCAUCACGGUUAACGGCGCCUCUUCGUCGUCAUCGGCGUCGGGCCCGAAGAGCGGUAAACGCAACGGCAGCACGUCCGAGGAAGCUCUGGAGAGAGAGCUGGACUCGCGGGAGCAGGAGCUCCUGAGCCGGGGAACACGGCUGGUCUUUCCCAUGGAAGAUCACGCCUGAGACUCCGCCCCCAACACGCUGACCACUCCCCCUGCACAUUCCUGCACAUCUCUCUCUCUCUCUCUCUCUCUAUCUCCAUGUCUAGGACACCUCACUCCAUCUGAUCCUCCUGCGCUGCUUUAAAGACUUCGGGCAGGGGAGAGGGAAAGCGAGAGAUAAAGAGUCUGAGCGAGAAGAUCUCGUGUGUUUACUGAACUGCAGAAGACGCAGAACAUUGGCGAUACUGUGAUUCGAGACAAUAAACAAUAGGAAACCUGCUUUUUCGAAGCGUGGUGAGGAACUUUGAGGAACUUUGGGCAUGCUGGAGGAUAUGUGGGGCAUGAUUGGCUGUAGGUGGGGACUUUUUUUUUUUUUUUUCUUUUUCUUUUUCUUCUCUCAUCAGCCAUCACCCACACUGAACAGCUAAAAAUGUGAACCUUAGUAUGUGAAGUCUGUCUGCCUCACAAGCCAAGUGUAGCUCUUUUUAUUUCCCACACACACACACACACACACACACACACACACACACGCAUACACACGCACACACACGCACACACACGCGCUUUCUUUGUGAGAAGAAUUACAGCAAGUCUUACCGCUGGAUUCAUUCAGCAUAACCCUAGCAUUCAUUACAUGCUUUAUAUUUCAUUAUUCAAAUGUUGGUUGAGGUGUUUGUAUGUAAAUAUGCAAAGCUCACGCCGGCGAUUUUGUGAGCUUCACACAGAGACGUUCUUCCAGCAUACAAAUGACGAGAUGUAAUCUGCUGUAUCUGAAAGUUUCCGCAUUAUCGGGUAUCGCCUAUUAUCUGAUCUCCUGAAGCAUUAUGGCCAAGAUCAGGGUUGGGAAAAGUUCUGAUGAAGUGUACUUAAGUAACAGCAGGAGUAUGGAGGCAACAGUCUACUCGAGUGAAAGUCAAAAAGUAUCCACGUUUAAACACGCGCAAGUAUUCGAGAGUAAAAACAAAAUCACUUCAACUUCAAGCCCGUCGUUGCAUAGCUGUCGAGUUCGCUAAGCAGCCAGUCAUAAGGAAAAUACACUGCUAACACACACACACACACACACACACACACACACCUAGAAUUUGCCUUGUUGUGUAGCGAAAGUGUAAUAACUAUUUCAGAAUGAAUGCCAAGUCACAUUAGCGACGAAAACUAAACUAGCUAGCUAAUUUAACUAGCUAAAUUAUGAGGGUGAGUUAAAUGAAAGAUGCAAAAUACAAAAAUUUCGAAAGGAUUUUAUUUCAGUCACUCUCAUACAAAACUCAACUUGCUAGCUAAUUCAAGAAAAUGCAUUACGAAACUUAACUGGCUAGUUCAUUUAACCAGCUAAAUUAAAAAACUGAACUAGCUGAUUUACCAAACUCAAAGUUAACUUCUUUAGUUUGGUGGCAAAUUUUAAAGACCAAUGUUUCAUUUUUCAUUUAAUUUAUAUUUAAUAACCCUCUUAGAAUUAAUGCUAAGUUGCAACAAAAAUAAACUUAACUAGCUAGCUAAUUUAAUGAGCUAAUUUACAAAAUUAGCUUUACAAAAUUUACAAAACUCAUCUAGCCAAUUUAACAAACUAAAUUAAAAACCCUAGCUAGUUAACAAGUUAAUUUACAAAGCUUAACUAGCUAGCUAAUUUAACUAGCUACAUUACAAAUCUGAACUAGGUAGCUAAUCUUAUGAGCUAAUUUACAAACCUUAAUUUUCUAGCUAAUUUAACCAGCAAUAUCACAAAGCUUAACUAGCUAAUUUACCAAACUUACAGUUAAUGUAACUUGAUGUACUUUUUCUAGCUUUGAUGGUGAAUUGUGAAGAGCAUUUCAUUCAUUGCAUAUUUCAUAAUCCUUUCGGAUUUUAAUUAAUGCUAAGUCACAUUAGCUACGGGGAAAAAAACAUAACUAGCUAGCAAAUUUAAUUAUCUAAAUUACAAAACCUAACUAGCUAGCUAAUUUAAACUAAAUUACAAAACUGUACUAGCUAAAAAAAAAAAAAAAAGAAAAGAAAAAUUUCGUGUGGUUUGAGAUUUGUAACGAGGAUUUUGAAGGUCAAAAUGAAGAUGUAAGGAGUAAAAAGUGUUUUUUUUUUUUUUCUGUUGUAAAUGGACUUGAGUAACAGUGCGUAAGUAUUAAACGUUAAUAAUACUUAAGUGAAGUAAAAGUAUAGUAACAAAGUAGAAUUACUCAGUAUUUUCCACCCUGGAUACACAGACAUCUGUGUUAUGAUAGCUGAUAUAUCAGAAAACCUUUAAAAAAUAAAAAAAAAAAAAAAGAAAAACAAAAAAAAAUUCAAAAUUUUAUAAGGAACAACUUCAUGAGAUUUUAUAAUAUAUGUAUAUAUCACAUGACCCUCCAGCUCAUCUUCAGCGCUUCAGUGUUUACGUGUCACUCCUGCAACAUUAACAUACACACAUAGCAUUUACACGCCGCGUUCCCACUUCUCUGUUUUCACCCAGACGUGAGUGAUGUGCACAGCUGUGGCUCCGCCCCUCUACCCCAGUGCGAUGAUGACUCACGCUUUCACAACGCACUGCUGUGUCCAUGUUGUAUCUCCCGAGUGUUUUUCUCCAGCUAGGCCACAUAAACAAGAGCAGCGAGCGCCGUGUGACGCGGGUGUACGCUUAGCUGCAGGAGUCUGAGUUAUCGCAGCUGCUUAAAGAAAAAAAAAAAGCUCCUCUAACAUCUGCGUCAGAAAUCUGACUGGUAUCUGAAUAACUGAAUCUCUGAAUGCAGUCCUUUAUGUCCAAAUUCUCUGCAGGACGGAUUGUACAAGACGCCACUGUCUGAGUCCUCGUCAUAAAUUCGGAAAGUUGUUUAUUAGCGACUCGUGUUACAAUCAGUCCACUUCCUCUACCUCCUAAUAAAAACCCCGAGCAGUUAUAUUAGGCCUGUCACAGUUAGGAUUUUAGCUGAAAACCUUAACAGAAGCAUAAUUGUAGAUGUUUAUCAGCAUUGAACAAUUCAUUUUUCUUUUUGCUUUUUAUACUGUAAAAUAUUGCAGACAAAUUAUACAUUUCAAAUAUUACAUAAAAAUGAUAAAGAAAAAUGUAAAGAAAAUAUACAUGUAUAAAAAGUAUAUAUCUCAAAGUGCUUAACGUAAAAGAAUAAAGUUAAGACGAAGAAUGAAUCAAUAGGUGAUAUGUAGAUAUAAGUACAAGUAGAAAUUAAAAUUAUAAUUAGAUAUAGAAAUUAUAAAUAACUGUCUUUAAUUAUGAAAUGUAACUAGCUAGCUAAUUUAAGCAGAACUAAAUUACAAAACUCAAUUUGCUAGGUAAUUUAAUGAGCUAAUUUACAAUGUGUAACUAAAGAGUUAAUUUUACAAACUAAACUACAAAACUUACAUCGCUUGUUAAUAUAAUGAGCUAAUUUACAAAAAUGUAACUAGCUAGCUCAUUUAUCUAGCGAAAUCCUAAUUCAUCAAACUUAAUGUUCGCUUAAAUUCUUUCGCUUUGUUGCUGAAUUUUAAAGACAUAUUUUAUCUUUCAUUUCAUGUGUGUUUAAUAACCAUUUUGGAUUGAAUACUAAGUCACAUUAGCAAAAAAAAAAAAAGCAACAUUUAGCUAGCUAAAAAAAACGUAGCUAGUUAACAAACUAAAGUACAGAACCGAUUGAAAAUGAAAGUAGAAAUAAAAAGUAAAUGAAUAAAUAACUAAAUAAAUAAUAAAAAUAAAAGUAAAAAUAAUUACAAAUAUAUAAAUGACAGAGCAAACCAAAGAAACACUGUGAAGAUAAAAAGGUAAACAAUAUUUAAUACAACAAUUAAAAUACUAUUUAAAAAAAAAAAAAAAAAAAAAACAA